AACUAAUGGCUUCAUCGUAAUAAUCCAAACCCCAAAAUAUCUGACUUAGCUAAUUUCCUUCUUCAUUAUAUCAUAAUUCCAAAUUUCGCAAACUAAUUUUUUCACUUUCUUCUUCGUUGAUCUCUCUGAAAGCUUCUCUUCUUCUUCUCACCAUGUCUGGUUAUCCUCCAUCAAGCCAAGGUUACGGUUACGGCGGUAAUCCACCACCUCCUCAGCCACCGUACGGAUCAACCGGCAAUAACCCUCCUCCGUACGGAUCAUCCGGCAGCAAUCCUCCUCCUCCGUACGGAUCAUCAGCCUCCUCACCGUACGCAGUUCCCUACGGAGCUCAGCCCGCUCCUUACGGUGCACCACCGUCAGCACCGUACGCGUCUCUUCCAGGAGACCAUAAUAAGCCGCACAAAGAGAAACCUCACGGCGCCUCCUACGGAUCUCCAUCUCCCGGUGGCUACGGUGCUCAUCCAUCGUCUGGACCUUCCGACUACGGUGGUUACGGAGGAGCGCCGCAGCAGUCUGGACAUGGAGGAGGUUACGGAGGAGCGCCGCAGCAGUCUGGACAUGGAGGAGGUUACGGAGCUCCUCCUCCGCAAGCUUCUUAUGGAAGUCCGUUUGCGUCUCUGGUUCCGUCGGCGUUUCCUCCCGGAACAGAUCCGAACAUUGUGGCUUGUUUCCAAGCUGCGGAUCGGGACAAUAGUGGAUUCAUCGAUGAUAAGGAGCUUCAAGGAGCUCUAUCUUCGUAUAAUCAGAGCUUCAGCAUAAGAACUGUUCAUCUCCUUAUGUAUCUAUUCACCAACAGCAAUGUCAGGAAGAUUGGACCAAAAGAGUUUACUUCACUUUUCUUUAGUCUUCAGAAUUGGAGGUCUAUCUUUGAGAGGUUUGAUAAGGACAGAAGCGGUAGAAUAGAUACAAACGAGCUGAGAGAUGCACUCAUGAGCCUUGGGUUUUCUGUUUCUCCUGUGAUUUUGGAUCUGCUGGUUUCAAAGUUUGACAAAAGCGGAGGCAGGAACAGGGCUAUCGAAUAUGACAAUUUCAUCGAGUAUGUUCAUUCGUUUCAACCCCCUUACCUUUUCUUACUCUGUAACAAGUAUAAUUCAUCACUGAUUCUGGUUUAUUUUCCAUUGAUGUAGGUGUUGUUUGACUGUAAAGGUAUGCUAUUUUCAUGGCUUGGGUCGUCACAUUCUCAUGCAAUUCUACCAUUUGAAUUAUUCAAGAUUGUUCCUUUACAAUGUGUCUAAUGUAUGUUAUGUUUUGAUAAAAAAUAAUCGCAGGGGCUCACCGAGAAGUUCAAGGAGAAGGAUACGGCGUUAUCAGGCUCAGCUAUUUUCAAUUACGAGAACUUCAUGCUCACUGUUUUACCAUUCCUCGUCGCUUGAGUGAUUGUUUUUUUUUUUUUUUGUUGACCAAAGAGAUUGUUUUCUAACUCUAUUUUCUUUGUGAGCUUUUGGAUAUUUUAUUUGUUGUCUUUUUAUCUUUCUCCGGUAAGAUUCAGACGUGGGUCUUCUUUUCAUAUGAGCAAAACCUUAGUAACCAAUCUUGUGGAAUAAGUUUGAAUGGACUAAGAGCCCAAUAUUUCCAAUUACAGUAACGACAGCAUUUGUGUUUCAAAAAGUGAAACUCGAUUUUCUUAAGUUUCGAGGCCAAGUAAUCCAAAUGGGUAUGAAGAAGCCAAAAUCAAAUCUAUUACGUACGCAAUGGUUUAGGACGAAGAUUGUUGCUAGAAAAUGUAUUUUAAUAUUAACAGUAGUCGUUCAUUGCAUGAGUAAAUGAUUAAAUAAUUAAAAUUUAUAUUUAUUAAAAUAUAAUAUUUAGCACAGAUGAUCUAGUGUAUCUUAAUAGUUGGUG